UAUUAAGGAAGCCCGAUAGGUUUUCGUUAACUGAUCCUAUUAGUCAUAUUGAGGGUUUCAUAAACAGAAUAUUCCAAUUAGAAAGGGAACAGUUUGUGUUAGAACUCUAUAGUGGUUACGACUGGUGAAAAUUCUGAAAUUUCGAUAUCGAAAAAUGUCUUCUAACGGACCUGUAAAGCUGGAUACUUUUCCAGAUCCAGGUGAUAGGUUCAAGCUGAUUGACGUUAUUCGUGUUGGUAGUUUUGGGAAAACCUACACAGCUAAAGAUAGUGAAUCUUCCGAUAAACUUGUAGUUGUCAAAAUACAUGAGAUAACACCCUACAAUGAAAAGUACCUGAAGGAUGAGUAUAAGCUUCUGAGAGACGUUUCAAGUCAUCCUAAUAUCAUUGAUUUCUAUGGAGCGUACUGUCUUAAGAACGAAUUGAUGUUGGUCACAGAGUAUUGUGAAGGAGGAGAUAUAUUGAAAAUAGUGAAUGAUUUAUUGGCGAAAAAUAGGAGGAUGAAGGAAGAACACAUAGCUCAUAUAUUGAAGGAAAUCAUAAAGGCCGUCAGCUACCUUCAUGAAAAGCACAUCAUGCAUAGAGACCUGAGAGCAUCGAAUGUUCUCUUAACGAAAGCAGGUGAUGUCAAAGUUGCAGGCUUUGGCCUGUGCAUCUCCUUAGCCAGCACGUUUGGAAGAGGUAGCUCAGCCAUAGGUUCUCCAGCAUGGAUGGCUCCAGAAUCGAUCCAAGGGACUAAUGGUGAUGAAAUCAGCUACGACAACAGAUACGACGUAUGGUCUCUUGGUAUGAUAGCCAUAGAACUAGGAGAUGGCCAGACUCCUUUCAAAGAUAUGCACCCCACAAGGAUUCUGUUUCAUGUUGUGAGGAAUCCACCGCCUACUUUGUAUAGAACAACUAAUUGGUCGGAAAAUUACAACGAUUUUAUUGCUGAAUGCCUGGUGAAGAAUCCUGAACAUCGCCCAUAUAUGACAGAACUGCUUGGUCAUCCAUUCAUGGAGGAAGUUCCAGAAAAUAACUACCACCUAUCUACGGAAUUGACCAGUCUACUCAGUUCUGGCGAAGAGGAACCCCAAAUACCUCAAGACGAUGUCCACGUUCUCAAUAACAUCCUAUGGGAAGGAGAAAAAAGACAUGAGGAGCCGAUGUACGUGGAGGACCUAGCAGCUCUUGAUGAUUGUAACGAAAAGACUGUUCUGUCACAUAUCGAAAGAAGGUUCAACGACGGUAAAUAUCAGACAUUCGUUGGAGAAAUAUUGAUCACUCUGAAUCCCAAUGUUGAAGAAAAUAUAUACACCGAUGAGCACCAUGCGAAAUACUGCAUGAAAUCUAAAUCCGACAACAUUCCUCAUAUCUACGCUAUCGCUGAUAGUGCCUACCAAGACGCUUUGCACCAUGUUGCGCCUCAAAAAAUAAUACUCUCUGGAGAAAGUGGAUCAGGAAAAACUAAGAACUUCCUGAACCUCGUGGAGCAUUUACUCUUCAUUGGACAUAAUGAGAACAUUCAAAUGACACGGCUCAGGAGUGCCAUCGAUCUAAUACAUGCUUUUACGCAUGCUUCCACGCCUUACAAUGAUUUUUCAACCAGAUGUAUAUUGAAGACUGAUUUGUCUUAUGGGAGGACUGGAAAAGUGACAGGGGCUACAUUCCUUGUUAAUUUAUUGGAAAAAACUAGGGUUUCCAGUACUAACAUGCAUCAAGCAAAUUUCAACAUUUUCUAUUAUGUUUACGAUGGGUUAGUAAGCGAAAAUCUGCUAGAAGACUACCAGCUCGACUCAAACAGAGGCUACAGAUAUCUAAGAAUAUUAGAAGAGGAAAGAUCCGAAAGACCAAGAGUCGAAAUAAACAAAAACAUCAUCAAAUAUAACAGAAUCAAGGAAAUACUCCAAGAAUUCGAAUUCACUGACCAAGAAAGAGAGGCCAUUUUCAAAUGCUUGUCAGCCAUUUUGAUUUUGGGAGAGGUAAGAUUUCAAGAAAGGGAUAACGAAUCUGCCGCAAUAGCCAAUAUUGAGGUGGCCAAAUCUGUUGCUCAACUGCUCGAUACGAACGAGAAGAAAUUUUGUUGGGCUCUGACUAACUACUGUCUGCUGAAAGAUGGAGCUGUAGUAUCCAGGAAGAACACCUGCGAUGAAGCUAGAGAUACUAGAGAUGUUUUGGCAAACAAUCUAUACUCAAGAUUAGUAGACUACGUUGUUGCCCGCAUCAACCAGAAGCUUUCUCUAGGAAAAGCCAUUUUCGGAGAAAAGUAUCUCAUUCAGCUUCUAGAUUAUUCAGGAUUCGAAUGUUUCAAAACCAACGAGUUGUGGCAACUCUUCAUCAAUAUAUUCAACGAGCAAAUGCAGCACUACUAUACUCAGAGGAUCUUCAAGUGGGAGAUGGUAGAUUUAAACGAAGAUUCUAUAGAAUACGAACCGAUCGUGUAUUACAACAACCAGAAGGUGUUAGAUACAUUGCUAGGAAGAAGUGAUGGCAUCUUCAAUAUAAUUGGUCAAGCUUCGAAGUUGGAAUAUAAUGGAAAAUAUAUUACAGAAUAUAUUUCGAAUAUGGACUGUGGACAUAUUACAACCUCAAAAUACAUGGAGUUCUCCAUUAGCCACUAUACAGGAACUUUGAACUACAAUGCUAAAGAAAUGCCUGACAAAAACAGGGACUUCUUACCUCCUGAAAUCGUUGAGACCAUGAGAUGUUCUAACAAUUCUUUUAUAAAGGCUUUGUUUACUGGUAAAUUGAACAAAUGCGGAAAUUUAAUAGUUGAACUUGAAGAAGACUUGACAACGAAAAACACGCUAUCUACUGAUUUACAAAAGGGUGCCAAUGCGAACAAAUUCUCCCAAUCGAAGAAACUGAGAACUUUGGCCACAAUCUUUAGAGCUGUUUGCCUAGAGACCAUAACUGCUCUGUCCACUGGAAGUACAUCUGGUGGUACCCACUUUGUGAGGUGUAUCAAGACGAAUUUGAAGGCAAAACCGAAUCAUUUCUGUAAGGAAUUGGUGAAACAGCAAAUAAGAGCAAUGGCAAUUCCACAGACAGCUAAUAUACGCAAGGAAGGUUAUGCCUACAGAAUUCAAUUCGCAGAAUUCUUGAAGAGAUAUCAAUUUUUGGCGUUCGAUUUCGACGAAAAUGUAGAAAUAACGCCGGAUAAUUGUCGACUCCUAUUGAUAAGGCUAAAAAUGGAAGGUUGGAUAAUAGGGAAAAAACGAGUAUUCCUCAAGUAUUAUAAUGAAGAAUACUUGGCAAGAUUGUACGAAUAUCAAGUGAAGAAAAUCAUCAAGAUCCAGAGUAUACUCAGAGGAUUUCUUGCUAAGUGUAGGAUGAAGAAGGAUGGAGCCAAGACUGAAGGUGAAGGUAUAGGAGUAGAAGAACAGACCGCGGAACCCGAAUUGACAGAAGAAGAAGCUGCACAAGUAAUACAAAAAGCAUAUAGAAGACGUGCCAAAAAAGAUCAAAGUGAACAAGGUGAUGUGCAAGUGAGCAAGGAUUUUAGCCUGGUCAAAAAAUACGCAAUGAGGUGGAAAAAAAGUAGUUUUCUUCAUUUGUUAUUCAAGAUGAAAUCAAAGAAAAUUUUCGAUACCUUCAAUUUGAGUUUACAGAUCUUUAUUUUCAACCAAAAAGCAGUAUUUAACUUGGAUUCAUUACUCACAGAAAAUGUUGAUAUAACAGAAAUUGAUUCUCAAAGCACUAAACCACCUUGGAAUGGAAAAUUUACCCCAUUGAAUAUGAAGAUAAAUUAUAAUUGGAAUGAAAUUCCUUUUUAUGAUGUUUCCGAUAUGGAUUCAGACAGAACGACUUUGAGGUUAAUCGAAGAGUACAGUGAACCUUGGGAUAUGCCACUCCAAUGGAGAUGCCGCUCUACGAAAGAACACAAGGAAGCACAUGAUGAAAAGGCAGCAGAAGCAAACGAAAAUCUAAUAAACCUUCCAUUCAGAAGAAACCCCGAUGAAACCUUAGAGAAACUGAAGGAGACUGAAGAAACCCUCCCCGAAAUAGAAAAACAACCACCAGAAAACCUGAAGAAAAUGAAGAACACCCAAAACGAAAUCACUUACAAGCAAUUCAAAAGUCCCGGUAGAGAAGUUGUUUCGUUGACAACGAAACCGGCUGGUUAUAAAAGCAAUUUUGCCUUGGAUAACACCCAGCCUGCUAAUAAGGAUUUCGAUUACAUCAAAGCACCAGCACUGAAUAAAGUCAGAGGUCCAGAUCCUAUAACUGAACUCAAGAGCAUCGGUAGGAGAGACAGUACCAAUGAUGACAGUCCUCCUUUCAAUUUCCAAGGCAUGUUGCGAAAAACAAACUUCAAGCGAGAUUCUAUGAAAACAUUGGUCAACAUUCGUCGUUUUUCUUUGAAAUCUCAAGAGAAGGAAUAUUGCAAAGAUCUUAAGGACAAUUGCAAAAAUGAAAAUUGCGAAGACCUUGAGGACAAUUGCAAAAACGAAAAGGAAAAUUGCAAAGACCUUAAGGAAAAUUGUAAAAAUGAAGAGGAAAAUUGCAAAGAAGAAAAGGAAAGUUGUGAAGACGGAAUGGAAGUAUGUGAAAAAGGCGAAUAUGUGAAAUUGGAACUUGCACCUGGAUUAGUCGUGGAAGGCACUGUAUAUGAUAUUUAAGUUAUAUUCUAUGAAAAUUACUUUUUCUGCAAUGAAUUGAUCGAAGUUAUAGCUAAAAAUAGAUUGAAAAUGUUACAAGUAAUAUUAUCAUUAAAUGCUCGUAUGUAAUAA